AAUUCUCAUCUUCUCCUCUAAUACUAAUCCUCUAAAGAAAAAGAAAAAAAUGAAGUUCUUGGUUUCAUUGGUUGUGUUCUCUCUUGUCUUGAACAGUUUCGCAUCAGCGCAAACUCUCAUUCAAGAUUCUUGCAAGAAAGCUGCCGCGAAAGACCCUCUCAUGAAGUACGACUUCUGCGUCAAUUCUCUUACAGAAGAUCCACAAAGCAAAACCGCGACAACCCUCGAAGGUUUGGUCCUGGCGUCGACCAAGAACGCCGCGGCGAAGAUCAUGAACGUGAAAGGAACCGUUGAAGGGAGCAUCAAAGCCAAGAAGUAUGAGAAAGUUACCGAGGCAGUGUUGAACACAUGCCUCGAGCUUUACGACGAUGCUAAUGAUUCUUUGACCAGUGCCUUGUCGAGCGUUAAAACGCACGACUAUUACACCGCUAACGUGUACUUGAGUGCUGCUUUGGAUGACCCGGAGAAUUGCGAGGAUGCGUUCAAGGAGAGAAAGCAACUCAAGUCUCCGGUUACUACCGAGAACAAUGUUUUGUUUCAGAAGAUUUUGAUUCCUUUGGCUUUUACUAAUAUGCUUUGAUGAUGAAUUUGUCAAUGUGUUUCAUUAAUUAACCCGUCGAUUAAUGUUUACCCAUGGAAUGUUGAGAGCAAAUGUGACUUUAUCUUAAUGGAAAUAAAAAUUCGCUUUACAUA